AUGGAGUGGGGAGGGAACUUACCGGCGCUCAGGCGCGUCGUUCGGAUGCACUCAAGAGGCCUUAUUUGGUUCGUUAUCAUAAUUAUACUGGUAAAUCUUGUUGAGGCUUCGUGGGGCCCUCAGGCGCCUUCAGCAGGACCGGAAGAUGUCCCCUCUGCAGUCCUGCAGCCUGUAGAGGAGCCACAGCAGAGGCGAAUUCAAGAAAUCCUUACGAGCAUUGAAGGUGGUUCUAUUCCUGCAACUGCAUCACAUUUUGAACGGCUUUUCGCGUCUCUACUUCGAGAAGGAGGAAACUACCGUGGCGGGGGACAGUUACGUAUAGGGCGACUGACCCGUUAUUUGGAGCAGGACGAAGUAUUUAGUAGAAACACAUUGCCAUUCUUGGCCAGUGUUGCACGGCAUCUAUCGCAUCUCUUCCCGCAGAAGCAGCGGAAGUUGUUGCGCGGGUGGGGUACGUUGCGUCUAAAUGCGCUGGAUAUGCACCACCGCGGAUUCUUUGAACGAGAGCCGAAGUUCAGAGCUCUUCUGAUUUACUUUAGUACCAUGCAAAGGACCAUGGGCAGCUGCUGGCAGCAGAUGCUCAGGGACAAUGACUUUACACGGGCGAAAUGCACAGCCACUUGCUUGUGUCAAGAGGUUACCUUCGAGGGCAAGACACGAAGCAUUUCCCCCGACGAGAUCAUAAGUUUUUACUUGCACACUCCCGAGGCAACAACGUUUGAGGCGCCUGAGGGAGAACAAGUAUCCCGGAGUGAAGUCGAUGUUAAUAAGAUCAUUACUGAGCCGCUUCCCCUCACAAACGUAACUGUCGAUGUUUCUGGAGACAUCACGAAGAGCGAUGGGGACCUGCAGGUUGACUUUGCAGACAUGUAUGUUGGGGGACUGAGCAUGUGGGCGGGCCACGUUGCCCAGGAAGAACUGAUAUUUGCACUGAGACCCGAACUUCUCGUGAUCAUGCUGUUCGAGCAAGCCCUUAAAGAUGAUGAAGCAGUUGUUGUCAAGGGAGCUGAGAGCUUCGUACUGUAUUCAGGAUACGAAGAUACCUUUCAGGUGUUUCCUCCUGUGGUUCCCGCUGGCUCUCACUGGAGUGUACACGGCCACACUCCUUUGGAUCCGAUGGGACGACGCGAAACAACUGUAGUCGCCAUUGAUGCCAUCAUUGUUAAGAAUGAAAGGCAGCAAUACUCGAUCCAGAGCAUGAAGAGAGAGAUCCUUAAAGCAGCUCUUGGCUUUCAGGGUGACCCGUUUGAAGAUGCCAUUCAUGAAACCAGGGCUGCGGUCGCGACUGGUAAAUGGGGUUGUGUAAUAUUUGGGGGUGACAACGAACUAAAAUCUUUACUCCAGUGGAUAUCAGCCACAGCUGCUGGGCGAGAACUGCACUACAAGGCAUUCCGGGACAGGGCGUUGGCGCACAUGGAGGCGACACUGUUGGCAAUUCGCGAGAGGUUCCCCACAACAAGGGAUCUGUUCGAUGCAAUUGUGCAGUGCAUCCAACAAAGGGAAGAGAGACCUAUGGGAAGCUGGAGCCUUUGGCAGGCGUUGCUGAAUCUGAAUGCAAGGAAGCCAGAGUGA